AUGAACACGUUUUCACUGUUUUUACCUCCAAACAGAUCUUUGUCUCCUCGCUCUGAUCACACUCAGAUCUCAGACACCAGGAGCAGUCGGAGGUUUCUGUUUCCUGUCAGCGUGUUCCUGAUAGUUCCUGAGAGUCGAUCAGGUCAUACGGGGAGCAGGAUCAUCGUGUGUGUGUGUGUGUGUGUGUGUGUGUGUGUGUGUGUGUGUGUGUGUGUGUGUGUGUGUGAUCACAGGUGUAAACUCCCUCCUGCUGCUCAGAAAGAGACACCAGACGAUCAGGAGGAGAAACACGUCCUGACAGAGUCAACCUGCUGAUGAAGGUGUGAAGAAACGCUCACCUUCAAGACGUCACAUGAUCCUGUCUGAACAGAAACACCUCUCUGUGAGGGUUUAAGCCCCGCCCCCUACCUUUCUGCACUCCAUGUUGAUCCUGUUAUGUGAUCCUGGUGUCCCAGCCUGCGUCAUGAUGGUGGACACACACACACACACACACACACACACACACAAACACACACACACACACAAAGUCAGGGCUCCUUUACACACACACACACACACACACACACACACACACACACACACACACACACAAAGUCAGGGCUUCUUUACACACACACACACACACACACACACACACACACACACACACACAAAGUCAGGGCUCCUUUACACACACACACACACACACACACACACACACACAAACACACACACACACACACACAAAGUCAGGGCUCCUUUACACACACACACACACACACACACACACACACACACACACACACACACACACACACAAAGUCAGGGCUCCUUUACACACACACACACACACACACACACACACACACACAAAGUCAGGGCUCCUUUACACACACACACACACACACAAACACCACACACACACAAAGUCAGGGCUCCUUUACACACACACACACACACACACACACACACACACACACACACACACACACACACACACACCGUACGCAGACAUGAUUGACCUUCAGUGACCCCUAAAGUCCAGUUUCAUUGGCCAAUGUGAGAGCUCCACUCGGACAUCUCCAUCUCCACUCUACUCAUCUCUGCUGCUCUACAGGUCUACAUCUCUACAGGUCUACAGGUCUACAUCUCUACAGGUCUACAGGUCUACAGGUCUACAGCUCUACAGGUCUACAGCUCUACAGGUCUACAGGUCUACAGGUCUACAUCUCUACAGGUCUACAUCUCUACAGGUCUACAGGUCUACAUCUCUACAGGUCUACAGGUCUACAUCUCUACAGGUCUACAGGUCUACAGGUCUACAGCUCUACAGGUCUACAGGUCUACAGCUCUACAGGUCUACAGGUCUACAUCUCUACAGGUCUACAGGUCUACAGGUCUACAUCUCUACAGGUCUACAGUUCUACAGGUCUACAGGUCUACAGGUCUACAGUUAUACAGGUCUACAGGUCUACAGGUCUAAGGGUCUACAGGUCUACAGGUCUAAGGGUCUACAGGUCUACAGGUCUACAGUUAUACAGGUCUAAGGGUCUACAGGUCUACAGUUAUACAGGUCUACAGGUCUACAGCUCUACAGUUAUACAGGUCUACAGGUCUACAGGUCUACAGUUAUACAGGUCUACAGGUCUAAGGGUCUACAGGUCUACAGGUCUAAGGGUCUACAGGUCUACAGGUCUACAGUUAUACAGGUCUAAGGGUCUACAGGUCUACAGUUAUACAGGUCUACAGGUCUACAGUUAUACAGGUCUACAGGUCUACAGGUCUACAGGUCUAAGGGUCUACAGGUCUACAGGUCUAAGGGUCUACAGGUCUACAGGUCUACAGGUCUACAGUUAUACAGGUCUACAGGUCUACAGGUCUACAUCUCUACAGAUCUACAGGUCUACAGGUCUACAGCUCUACAGGUCUACAGCUCUACAGGUCUACAGGUCUAAGGGUCUACAGGUCUACAGGUCUACAUCUCUACAGGUCUAUAUCUCUACAGGUCUACAGGUCUACAGGUCUAUAUCUCUACAGGUCUACAGGUCUACAGGUCUACAUCUCUACAGGUCUAUAUCUCUACAGGUCUACAGGUCUACAUCUCUACAGGUCUACAGGUCUACAGGUCUACAGGUCUACAACUCUACAGCUCUACAGGUCUACAGGUCUAAGGGUCUACAGGUCUACAGGUCUACAGCUCUACAGGUCUACAGUUCUACAGCUCUACAGCUCUACAGGUCUACAAGUCUACAGCUCUACAGGUCUACAGGUCUAAGGGUCUACAGGUCUACUGGAGCUCUUCCUGUGGGCCUGCUUGGUUCUCAGUGGCGAGGGGAGUAACAGUGAGCGGGGGGCGGGGCUGUGUGGACUCUUUAAUUGAGGAGAAUCGUGUCGUGAGCGGCGGAGGACGAUCUUCAGAGGCCAAUUAAAGUGAAACACAAAGCAGCGUCCAAUCUGCUCAGGUUGGUGUCGGGGUGAAGUUCGCACUCAUCGGCCGAGUCUCGGAGGAAUCUGAGAUCAGACUCAUUUAAAUUCUCCGCACACUUUCCCAGAUCCAGAACCACCUUUAUUUACUCCCAGCAUCCUCUCUGCUGCUCUCCUUACGGCUCUGAACCCUGAGAAAGAGAAAAUCUCGGUUUUUAAAGACUCGGUUUCUCAGACAGACCUGAGAUCAGACCUUCAGACUUUAACUGACCCUCAGACUGAGGAGAGUCUGACCUCAGAUCAGUCAGAGCUCAAACACUCAACCUCUUAGAAAGAAGAUCUGACAUCUGACUCUGUUCACAACCAGAGAACCAGCAGCAACCUGUUUCCAUGACAACGGAUAUAAACACAAACAAAAGCUCGCACUGCUUCCUUUCUCGUCAAUGUUGGCCGAAAACAUCAAACUUCAUCAAACUCUGAACCGACGAGUCGCAUCCAGUGUUACAGGAACUGGACUCUGUACCGGAUCCUGAAACCACCUCAGAGCAGCGUGAAACACCCACCUCCCAAUCACCGCCCUGAUGGUUAAUAAUGCCCGCCUCCCACACAUCAACAUGGCGGGGAUGCUUAGAGCCCGUCAGAACCGUGGUCAGAACCGUGGUCAGCUCCCUGCUGCAGUGUCAGGAUCAGCAGUUUGGAGCACCAAUCACACACCAGCCUGAGACCGAGACUGGAUUCACCUUCGGAUGUGAGCGAC